CAUUUCUUAAAUUCGAAUCAUUCAUUACAAACGUGGAGGAUAUUGAAUGGGUGAAGUAACAUUCACUUCUACCAUUCAUAUACAAAAUAGACACCAUCAUCAUACGACAAUACCUCAAGAGAGAAAGCUAUAACCAUUCUUAUAGCAUUACGAAUUCAACACUUUCAUCCUUUCUCCACAAUCUCAAAUGACAGAACCAACGCAACAGGGAUAACAUUUCCGCACAAAUGUCACGACAAAAUACAUCCUUGAACGGUUCCCAUGGGUCAUCUUCUCGUUUGAUGCAGGUAAAUCCAGCAUCAUCUAAUCUACAGAAAACAUGGUCAAACGAUUCAUUAGCCAAUAUGCUCAAACCUACCGUUCUACGUAAUCCGCCACCGGUAGAAAUUGAUCGUCCAAGAAAGCAUGCAAGAAGAACUUCUUUGCCUGUUCGUUCUGAUCGUACAGGACCAUCAUCGCAAGGCAAUGGAAUGGACGGAGCUAGAAGGCAUUCGAUCGAGAGAAAAAGAUUUCGAGAUUCCGUUCAAUCGUCCGGAAAACUUCACCUGCAGAACGGGAAUGAUCAUAGCUUCAAGUCGCGCAGAGAAUCAGCACCGGGUUCUUCUAGGCCUACAGUCCGAAGAGGGAGAAGUGGACAUGAAGCCGACAUGUUUUCAAGAUCUAAAAUGUUUGGCAUAGGUGAAGAAGGAGACGAUGAAGAUGACGAUGACGAGAUAGAGGAGGUUGAGCAUGCUGAUACAGACGAAGUGGGGGACGAUACAGCGAAUUCGAUAGGGAGACUAUCAGCAAUAGAGACCAGUACUACAUAUGCAGCAGGACCAUCAGAAUCUGGAAGGAGACGGACAAUAGAUGAUGGAAGUAGCAGUGACGCUUCAAGCUCUGAACGGCAAGCAUUCGAUUGGGACGUUCCCCCUAAACGUUUAACGCCAAUCACUCCGCAUACAGGGUCACUGCAAGUACAACAAAGAUCAGGAUAUUCCUAUGAUAGCGCAGAGAGAACGUCAUCGCCUCGAAGAAGGUCCUUGCAGCUAAACUCUGCGCGAGAUGGCAGCUGUCCUUCCACGCCGACAAAACGUGAGAAAGAAUUGGAAUCAAGCGAAUAUCCGGCAAUGAACACUUUGGGGCUAAGCAGGAUAUCUCAACAAAACUUAAAAGCAACAAAUGGAAUUAAUGGAAAAAGUGCAGAGACUGCCUGGGCAAGAGCACGUCUACGAUGGCCGUCCAAUGCCACCUUUGAAGGGGCUUUACUUGUGGGAGCCUGUGUGAUCAUGGCAUACAGGCUGUACACGUAUGCGGAUGAAGCCACAAAGACGCACGCAUGCGAAGUGAUGAGCUUGGUGGUAGGAAGUAUAAUUUAUUAUCUUUUCUUGCGCAACAAGAACGAAAAUGGUUCAAUUUGGGCAACACAUCUACGUCAAUACCGUGCCUGUGGAGAUGAUGGUGCGAUGUUGGGUCUUUUGCUUGGUCCGUUGUUAGGCGUGACUUGUCUGUUUGCUUCGUUGGAGGAUAGACCUGCUCAACGUCUAGCAUCUGGAGAUGGAUUGCCUUUCCCGCCUUGGCGUGUAGAGACUCCAGCUUUGGUCUUGGGCAACCGCACUGUACCCCAUCCAACGAUGACUGCAUUGGCAUUGUCUCGUUGUACGCUUCUAAGUUUACAAACUGCCAUGUCUACGACAUUAUUGGUCCAUCUUUUAGCGACAAAGUACAUUCGCAAGCCGGAAGAGAUCAGUACAAGCUCGUGGAAGCGGCUAUGGAGUUGCACAAAAUUCGCCUUCGUUCUUUCAGUCUCACUCACUUUGUUGAGAGAAGCAUUCUCGUGGAUUGGGAUUAGACUAUGGACCGGUCUUACGCGUGGCGAACUGUUGACAAGCACACUAUUCUUCCAGAGUAAUCUUUAUACGGUCUCUCAAUUGGGGCGAAGAAGUUUUACUUUGGGAGAGCUCUCGAUCGUGGCAAGUGUAGGUGUGACAUUGGCUAUGGAAGCCUUGAACUUGACAACGGCAAGGCUUUUACCGGGCAUGACACCAUAUGUGAAAACGUUUCGAAGGCCAACGCCUUUGCUUACAUUCCAACUAGCACUCGUUGUGGGUACGUUUAUGAUCGGAUUCUUACUUUCGCCCUUGCUUUACCUGUCAAGACAUUUGGCACAAAAGCCCGUUCACAGAUUACGAUGGCCACAUAAACGUGAUUUGCAUAGACGUUUGCUGGCCUUUUUCUUUUACCUUUUCUCUGCCCUUUACGUUGUUGGUGUUUUGGGAUUGUGGGUAUAUUGGGUAUUGGACAAACGUAAUCCAUGGCUUUGGACGUUCAAUUUUGUCAUUAGUGGACAGAGAUGGUGGAGCAGACCUGUACUGAUUGCGUAUUGGAUAGGUUUGGUAAGCAUCACAGUUGUCGGUUGGCAAGCGACGGUUUUGAGUGGAAAACGAUUCAGAAUCAGAACGGGGGCAUCAAACAACGCAAACGGGAUCAGUAAUUCUUCAACGAAUCAUCAAACCGUCAAUGCAGGUCGUAUUGGAGCAACGCCGGUCGGGGCACCAGGCUCAUCCGCCAAUGAGCCUUUGGAAGUAGGUUUCUCAAAGAUGAAAUCUAUGGCAAGUAGUGCUUCAGGAGAUCUAUCAGCUGCAGCAAACCAAUUGUUCCCCAAACGAGCCGCUUAUCUGAGCUUGAACGCAAGGAGGAAAUUCUUUCAUGCUUUGGCCGUUUUGAUGUUCGCGCCUGGAAUCGCAUUCGAUCCUGCAUUUAUGCAUUUGGCUUUCAGUUUAGCAUUUUCAGUUUUUAUUUUUGCUGAAUAUGUCCGUUAUUAUGCUUUAUACCCUUUCGGUGCUGCUUUGCAUAUCUUUUUAUCGGAAUUUACCGAUCAUAAGGAUAGCGGGCCGGUCAUUCUUUCGCACUUUUACCUUUUAACUGGUUGUGCGGGUGGUUUAUGGAUCGAUGGUUUGCAUGGAACAAGUACAAAAGCAGGUCAAACACUAUCUCAACAAAUCAUAUCAUCGAAUGGAAGUAAGGCAGAUGCAUACGAAUCCAUUUGGACUACCGUGCUUGGCACAUUCAAUUGGUAUGAUCAUCAAUUAGGCGUUCCUUCUCUUCCGGACAUCCAUCUUUCCAACUGGACAAAAGGCGGAGACGUGGACAUUUCGAUGUUUAUUGGUGUUUUGGUACUUGGCGUUGGUGAUGCAUUAGCAAGUAUCAUCGGUAGAAGAUAUGGUCGCGUUCGAUGGCCAAACAGUGGUAAAACGUUGGAAGGCAGUGUUGCAUUUAUCGUAAGCAUCUUUGCAAGUGCAAUCUUUCUACGUUUGAUAGGAUGGUGUGCGCCUUUUUCAUUGGUACGCUUUGGCAUUGCAAGUAUCAUCCUUGGCUUAUUUGAAGGGAUUUCCAAUCAAAAUGAUAAUUUGAUCUUACCGAUUUAUGGUGUUAUUGCUCUCUCUGUCAUGCAGGUUUGACAACUUUUAUUAUGUCUCAAAGCCUUGCCUUGCAUUUUUCUUUCUUUUGCAUAUUGUACUUCGUAUUCUUCUGGAACAUUUCAAACUCAUUCUGGUUGAUCAUGGAAUUUUAUACCUUUUUCAUUUUAAA